CAAAACUAACUAAUUAAAUAAAAUAAAAUGAAAUGUAAAAGGGGUCAAAGUUUAUCAUUGGUCAGCUUGCUGACGAACCUUGUCAAACUUUGCCUUCAACACCUUUGUUUCACGCAAGCAAGCAACGCUUUCAUCAUACUGGAAGUCUAUGUCCUGUGACAGACGCUGCAGUGAAGCAGCUCUGUCUGAUGCAGAUCUCAGCCACAGCCAGAGAGCAGCUGAGUCUGUGCUGCAGAGGUCAUCCGUGUACAAGUGCAUCUAUAACAGUGAGCUGUCUGCACCGGACUGCGUGGGGGGUGAGACGAGCUCCUCACUCCUCCUGCGCAGGGGAUCGGGAAUCCGAACGCACCGGACGGGACUGGAUGGUACUGGGCUGCCCAGAACAGAACUUGGCAAUCAGAGGCUGAUUUCUUUGGGAGCAGAGAACAUCCGAGACGGCUUGUUUACAAAAGAAGUGUCACUCAGUGUCCUGUCUCUCAGGUGGAGUGAAGGAACUGCAGACUCCUGUGUGUGGAACAACGAAGGACUGAGGAGGUGACUGCAGGGUAGCAUAAUGGCAGGGCAGGGGCUCUCCGCCCCUCUCCCUCUCCUGCUCCUUCUUGUCCUGGUGGGAACCUUCCAUGCGGCCCUGGGCUCUGGAUACCUAUCCGGAUAUCGCCUCAGGUCUCGACUUCAGAGGGACCGCCACAUCCGCAAUGUCCGGCCCAACAUCAUCCUCAUCCUCACUGAUGAUCAGGACAUCGAACUUGGCUCAAUGCAGGCCAUGAACAAAACGCGGCACAUUAUGGAGAAGGGCGGCACGCAUUUCUCCAACGCUUUCUCAACGACGCCCAUGUGCUGCCCGUCCCGCUCCUCCAUCCUGACGGGGAAGUAUGUGCACAACCACCACACCUACACUAACAACGAGAACUGCUCCUCACCCUCAUGGCAAGCCCACCAUGAGCCUCACACUUUCGCCGUGCACCUCAACAACUCUGGCUACAGGACAGCCUUCUUUGGAAAAUAUCUGAAUGAGUACAACGGCUCCUAUGUGCCCCCUGGCUGGAGGGAAUGGGUAGCCCUGGUGAAGAACUCACGCUUCUACAACUACACCCUCUGCAGGAAUGGAGUACGAGAGAAACACAGCAGUGACUACCCAAAGGACUACUUGACAGACAUCAUUACCAACGACAGCAUCAGCUACUUCCGUAUGUCUAAGAAGAUGUACCCUCACCGUCCUGUCAUGAUGGUCUUGAGCCACGUCGCUCCGCAUGGACCAGAGGACUCGGCCCCACAGUACAGCUCUGCCUUUCCCAACGCAUCACAGCACAUAACCCCGAGCUACAACUACGCCCCAAACCCAGACAAGCACUGGAUCCUGCGCUACACGGGACCCAUGAAGCCCGUCCACAUGCAGUUCACCAACAUGCUGCAGCGCAGGAGGAUGCAGACCCUUCUGUCUGUGGAUGACAGCAUGGAGAAGGUGUACAACAUGUUGGUGGAGACAGGGGAACUGGACAAUACCUACCUCAUUUACACCUCAGACCACGGCUACCAUAUCGGCCAGUUUGGUCUGGUCAAGGGCAAAUCAAUGCCUUAUGAGUUUGAUAUCCGUGUUCCCUUCUACGUACGAGGACCUAAUGUGGAGCAAGGUGCCAUUAAUCCUCACAUAGUGUUAAACAUUGACUUGGCACCAACUCUGCUGGACAUGGCUGGUGUUGAUAUCCCUGCAGAAAUGGAUGGCAAGUCCAUCCUGAAGUUGUUGGACACGGACAGGCCGGUCAAUAGGUUCCAGUUGAACAGGAAGGGUAAAACAUGGAGAGACUCUUUCCUGGUGGAGAGAGGGAAGCCUCCACACAAGAGAGCUGAUGGGAAGGAAAUGGCCCAGGAGGAGAACUUCCUGCCAAAAUACCAGCGGGUGAAGGACCUGUGCCAGAAAGCAGAGUACCAGACCUCCUGCCAACAGCCAGGACAGAAGUGGCAGUGUGUGGAGGACCCGACUGGUAAGCUGAGGCUGUAUAAGUGCAAGGGCAUGGCUAGUCUCUAUGCCCCACGUAUGCAGGCCCUAAUGGCCAGAGACGCCUCUCAGCCGUCUCCUACGUCCAACUUCAACAGCUGCAACUGCGACAAUGUGGGCUUCAGAACAUCAGUAGUGAAGAGAAAGAAGCUUCUCACCAAGAAGAGUUCCUCUGUCUCGUCUUAUUCGGAGAUGAAAUCCAGUAAGACUGUCUCUAGGAAGCGCUCUGCCCGCUCUGCAUCGUUUGAGCUGGGUGGAGACCUGUAUGCCGUAGACUUAGAGGAGGGCUACCGGCCUCUGGGCUCCAGGAACAGCAGCUGGGCCACAGACAGAAGGAGAGGAGAGGGGAAUGAGGAUGACAAUGAAGAGUUCAGUGGCAUGGGGGUCACAGCCAAACCCACCACGAGCAGUAAACUCACACCACCUGCUGCUCUUAAAGUCACCUACAGGUGCUCUAUCCUUAUGAAUGACACAGUAAAAUGUGAUGGAGGCCUUUACAAGUCUCUUCAAGCAUGGAAAGACCACAAAAUGCACAUUGAGCAUGAGAUUGAAACCUUGCAGACCAAAAUCAAGAACCUCCGUGAGGUCAAAGGUCACCUGAAAAAGGUGCGGCCGGAGGAAUGUCAGUGUGACACUCCCAGUUACCUCCUCAAGAAUAAAGAGACCAUCAAGCUCAGUGUGGGGCGCAUGCACUCACUCAGAAUGCCAUCAAAGCAAAAGAGUCAGUGGCUGCAGAAGGAGCAGAAGCGCAGAAAGAAACUCCGUAAAUUCCUCAAGAGACUCCAAAACAACGACACCUGCAGCAUGCCUGGCCUCACCUGCUUCACUCAUGACAACCACCACUGGCAGACAGCCCCCUUCUGGACAAUGGGUCCUUUCUGUGCAUGCACCAGUGCCAACAAUAACACAUACUGGUGCCUGAGGACCAUCAAUGACACGCACAACUUCCUGUUUUGUGAAUUUGCUACUGGUUUCCUGGAGUAUUUUGACCUCAACACUGACCCAUACCAGCUGAUAAAUGCUGUCAGCACUCUCGACCGCAGUGCUCUGAAUUCAAUGCAUCAACAACUCAUGGACUUACGGGGCUGCAAGGGACAUAAGCAAUGCAACCCGGAGAAGGGAGGAAAAGAGCGAAACUACUUCAGCGAAUACAGGCCAGUUCAUCGUCGAAAGAGGCCAAAAGUGAAGAAGCCUUCCUCCAAAUCGCUAGGGCAGAUUUGGGAAGGCUGGGUUGGUUAACCGCCUGCGUCCCACAACCCACCACAUCGGCCUCCUCCAGUGAAGGAAGGAGAAUGAGGAGCGCAGGCAAACACGAGGACCCUGACCACACUUCGAUGGACCAUAACCUGAGAUACCACUUUACUCUGAUCUGGGUUUAAAUUCUUGAGAGUGACGUUCUUUUGUAACUCUCACCCAGACGGAGGAAGAUGCUGAGACCGAGAGGAAGCUUAAAGACUCUCCGAUUGUCAGUUCUACCUUCGCACACAUUUCAUUCUUAUUUAAAUGCUCUGUUACCUUCAGCUGUCAGGACAUCAACAGGAUGCUGUGAAUCAGGUGGGACCCGUUUGGUGCCCACAAGCCAUUCAGUCUAACAGUACUGCUUGUACAUAAUAUAUAUCAGCUUUAAUCAGCUCUCUGUCAUGUCAUAUGGGACUGGGUUACGCGUCACCAUUGCUGCUACACAACGAUGUCAUGGCCUUGUGGCGUCUCCGUGGCACAUGCUGAUUAGCAUUAACAGCGAGACAUAGUUUCUUUCUCUCUGCACCAACGUGUCUGCACAUGGAAGUGGUUUGGACUUUUUAGAAACGGAUGGCACAAACUCUUCGCCGUAAUCUUUUGUAUUAUAGUUGAUCUUAAUGCCGAUGAAUGUCCUUUAUGAAGCAUCAUCUUCCUCAAAGCUGUGAGGUGUGAGUUGACUAGAGAUUACCUGCCCCUGAUUCAGCCUCAUCCAGUGUCAGCCACACCUUGAAACAGGCCUACACUAACCACUAUCCCACAGUCCGAAACUCCUUGACCACGGGCAGAAUGCAUCAUUAGUGAAUGCCAUUUUACUCCUUCGUAUUGUCAGUACCACACUGUAGAAGUCUCCGAAUAGUUUGUUCAGCUUGCUAUACAUGGUGCUACAGGAUAACGACACAGAAGUAAAACCUUGCUGUACAGUACAGUAUGUAUUUGAAUGUAUGUUGUGCAAUUAAUAUAAAUGUUUACAAUAUUUUUUAUAAUACUGAAGAGGCAGACCUCAUUGUAUGAUAUGAGUUGACAAAAUGAGCUUGUAGAGGGAGAAAUGUAGCUUCAGAAAUUUCCUUGUCCGCAGUUUGUAAGUUUGUCCUCUUAUUUACAUCAGAAAAGCACUUAAAGGGUUCACUGUGAACAUACACGCCAUGUACAUUUAAUGGGUAUUUAGUUUACUCUGUGCCAGAGGAACAACACAGCAUUGUAUUACUUAUUGAUGUGAAAUUACGCUACCUGCCUUUGUUAGCUUCUUUGAUAUUUUUUUUUUUUUUUAGCAAAUAUUUCCAUAGAACUGAGUGCUGAUAGUAAUUGUGAAUAAAGUGUUGUUUGACCAUA